CUCGCCGGACCCUGGGAUGGCUUAUUAGAUCUGGAUCCGCUCCUCACUCGACCCACUGUAGAAGGACCCGUCCACAGCCAUCUUAGGAGUCUCUUUUUUUGUUUUUUUUGAAGGAAUAUGCACCUUUGAACUUUGAGUAUUUGGGAAAUGCCAGCCUUUAAAAAUAUGCUGGUGUUCGUAGUGUUUGUUGGAGUCUUGGCGUCGAUUCAUUGCCAGAAAUUACCAAGCUUCGACAUGCUGGAGGAGUUCCGUGUGUCCGAGUCCCGCGGCGUGCGCAGGGUGAACGGGUCGGACCCCGAGGCCGUCGCCUACCGGGUUAACCCUUCCAUCCACCUUCAAAGGACCAUGAGCGACGUGUACCCCGACGGCCUCCCCUCCGACUACUCCGUCAUCGCCACCUUCAAGGUGGCCCCGGACACGGCCCGCAAGUCCUGGAACCUGUGGCAGGUCAGCGACCCCGAGGGCCGCGAGCAGGUGGGCCUGCGUUUCCACGGCGACUCCCGCUCCCUGGACUUCUUCUACGCGGGGCCCGGCGGCGCCCAGAAGCUGCGGUCCUUCACCCGCGGCGUGGACAAGCUGUUCGACGGCGAGUGGCACAAGCUGGCGCUCAGCGUGCGCGGCGGGCGCGUCCGGCUGCUGGUGGACUGCGGCGAGGUGGGGGUGGAGCGCGUGGGCGAACACCGCCCCGUGAUUCGCCAGGGGUUCACCUCCAUCGUGAAGCGCGCCGUCGGCGAUCGCUCGGUGGCCGUGGACCUGCAGCAGAUGGACGUCUCCUGUGACCCAGAGCAGGCCUACUCAGAGGGCUGCUGCGAGCUCUCUAGUGUGUGUGGCGGCCAUGCAGAGAUGGGGAUAACAGCUGGCCGGCCGCCUUGCAAAUGUAUGAAUGGACAACCAGGGGUUCAGGGGCGACCGGGGUCAAAGGGUCACCGAGGUCUGCCGGGAAAUUCGGGCGAUCCAGGACGAGGCGGAAACUGGGGCAUCAUGGGUAAUACCGGCGACUACGGUCACAACGGAGAACCAGGCCUCAAGGGUGAAUCUGGAAUCAGAGGCGAGGGAGGACUGAGAGGCCUGCGUGGGCGAGUGGGGGACAGGGGCCCGAAAGGCCUCAAAGGGUUGCAAGGAGCAGGCGGUUUUAAGGGAGUCCGAGGAAAACCUGGAACGCUGGGAGAGACUGGGAAAGAAGGGAAAGUGGGAGACCAAGGAGAAAGAGGACACGUAGGAAUCCCGGGGUACCAAGGCGUAAAGGGAACGAAGGGAACCACUGGCGUGGAGGGCUCCGGGGGCCCAAGAGGUUCGCAGGGGAUCGUGGGAGACCCUGGACAGACAGGAACGGCUGGAGAGAAGGGGAAACCCGGGAUCCCAGGACCUAAGGGUCGAGUCGGCACAAUUGGACCAAAGGGAAUAAUCGGCGACCCCGGCAAGAUAGGCCGAGACGGCGACUCUGGCAUGGAGGCUUACCAAGGGGUACAGGGUCCCGGUGGCAGAGUGGGGCAGCUCGGCGUCAAGGGGGAGAAGGGACCCCGGGGAUCGCUGGGAGAAAUGGGGGCCCACGGCCAAACGGGCCCCAGAGGUUACAAAGGUUCUGCAGCAAAGCCAGGAAGACCUGGAUUUAUUGGCCCUCCAGGACCUGUGGGUCAUGUGGGCUUUUCCGGCAAACCAGGAACUAAGGGCGAUGUGGGAAUUCAGGGAAUUCAAGGAGUCAACGGAGAUAAGGGUCCAAAUGGCGAGAAGGGGCCCAAAGGGAAGGUGGGAGACAAGGGCCAGCAGGGCCCCCCCGGAGGGAGGGGGAGGCGGGGCCCAGGGGGGGAGGCGGGGCGCUCCGGCCCCGUAGGGGUCAAGGGGGUGAGGGGGGAGGGAGGUCCAGAUGGAUUUCAGGGUCCCCCCGGCCCAACGGGGCCCGCCCUCCCGGCCGAGCAUGUCAUCGAGGUCUGCAAGCAAGUGGUGCUGGAGCAGAUGUCCUCCUUCGCCAACUCCGUGAAGAGGACGUGCGCCGCCGUGUGUCCGCUGUACGGGGACGUGCCCAUGGGGGCCCCGGGACCCCCCGGACAGAAGGGACCACCGGGGACACCUGGGGAGCCCGGUGUGGACGGCAGUGAGGGGGAGCUGGGUCAACCGGGGUUCUACGGGGACGUCGGGGACGCCGGCAGAAAGGGAGGCUCAGGAGACCGAGGCGAGCAGGGUGAUAAGGGAUCCAAGGGCCAUGGUCUGCCUGGCCACGUCGGAGACCAAGGCACCAAAGGCCAGCGUGGGCGCCCGGGCCGGGUGUUCGACGGUCAGCCAGGGAAGCCGGGUGAGAGAGGGCACGUGGGGAGGCCCGGGGUCACGGGUCACCUGGGCCUCAGAGGGGUCCCAGGUAUCUGCUUGACUUCGGGCUGUGAUGCAGCUGUACUCCCCCCCACCACCGCCACCACCACCGCCACCCCCACACCCCCACGAGGCCGGCAAGCACCCCAGAGACCAAGAGGCCGCUCUUAGGGGGAUACCCCCCCCCUGUGCUGGGGGGAUGGAGGGAGAAUGGAUGUUAUGGGAGCAGCAGGGACGCAUUGGGUCUGGUCGUUAGCUAAUUAUGAUUGAAUUCAAUAUAUUGGUUUAAUGUAAAUAAUAUGCCUCCCUGGGAACAUGCAAGGCACAUGUUUAAACUUUCAAGUUCAUUCAUAGGACUCUGGAUGCAGUGAAAAUGACUUGCAUUUGUACAAAAAUAAAGAUACCAUCCUAUUAGAUUAUGUUUAUUUAAAAUUAUUUCA